AUGGUAACAUAUGAAAUCAAGAUUCUGUACCGCCAUGACGACUACCUGAAAGCACGACAAAAGUGUCGCUUGGCCGAGGAUGUUUCAAACCUAGAAACAGAAACGGAACCAGAAGCCCAGGAGGGUAGGGGUAAAAGAAAAAGAAAGCGAAUUAACAUUGAUUUUGAGAGUGAGGACGAGGAAAGACAGUCGAGGAAAAACCUUCCUAAACCACCAGCUCCCCCUAAACCACCUGCGGUGCCCAUCAUCAGAAGUCACCAAGCGACAUCAUCUACCACCAGCAGCCACUUUCAUAACACAUCAAACACAGUUACCAUCGCCACCCGCCACCCAUCUGCACCUACUGGGCAUAUCAUUCAUCCAUUCGCUAUGCCCACCAACUCCAUCCAAAGUGAAACGGGAUCUGGAACGAGAACUCCUCUAUCAGAAUACAACUUUCAGCUUAAAGUUUUUAGGGCCAUAGAGGAGGUCAAGGCCAUAGCCCUGAACAAUGCCAAGAUGCUGCAAGCACUUCUGACCCAACAGGCUGCUAAUAAUUCUGUGGAAGAGCUGGACCCAUUGGAUGAACUCACGCUUCCAGCCUCCAGCUCAGAAGACUUAGAAGCUCUGAACCGGGCACUUGAGUCCGGAGCAGUCAGAAAAAAAGUGGUGCACCAUCUGGCAGUCAUUGGAGGAAGGGAUCUGAGAGCUGCUGUUUAUAAUAUUUUGCCAAAAAUUGUCACAAACCGCCUUGCAGAACAAUACAGCCUCUAUGGACGGAAAGGCAAAAAGAAUUUCUCUGCUCACAAGCACUUGGUGGCCGUGAUAUUUAGGGCUGUACGAAAGAACCAAGGGUCAGAUACUCUGAGUGAUACUGAGAUCCAGGCUGUGUUGGGAGAUUGGCUGAAACAUGCGAAGUGUCGUAAAGACAAGUCAGCCAAUCGAGGACAGGACAGGACUGAUGAGGAGGACGAACCCUAA